UUUCGCCCGAAUUCUUCUCAAGAGAGGAAUUGUUGUUUUACUUUGGCCCAACUUCAUUGAAAACUUCCGAAGAACUUUGACAAAGAACGACAAAAACGUUGCCAUGGCACCCCGGGUGCUGCUGCAGGCUCUGAGCCUCUUGGCGCUCAUUUCCCUCUCUGUGACGGCCGCAAGGACUCACAGAAGAAAGCGAGAUUUCUCACAACAAACUCAAGUCUGCUCUCCUCUGCCAGCUCCCCAAAAUGGGCGAAUACAGUUGUGCUCAGGACAUGUCUGGAUUCACCUGCACAGCCACUUGCUUGUCCGGUUACCAGUUUGAGAACAAGGCACAGUCAGUUAAGCUUACAUGUGAUGACUUUAAUGGGACAUGGCUAAAGGGGAGGACAUUUCCACAGUGUCUUCCAAUCUGUUCCCCAAAUUGUCUUAAUGGAGGCACGUGUAAGACGCCAAACUUCUGUGCCUGUCCACGGGAAUUCAGGGGUCCAGUCUGCCAGUUCUCAACAAGCCUGUGUCCUCACCUGACCCUCCCGUAUGGGGAAGAGUCCAUUGUUUGGAGGACAGGACGUCUACACACGGUGUAACAUCUCGUGUCUGCCCGGCUAUCGCUUCGAGACUCCGCCCAAACCCGUUGUACUUGUCAAGUUGAUGGCACGUGGGACGCGGACAUCACCACCUUUCCAAACUGCG